AUGUCUGACGACAGGGACGAUGUAGUGGGACCUCUGCCUUCCGAGAUGACUGUACCAGAUUCCGAUGAGGAUCAUGAAGGCACCGUUGGCCCUCUACCUAGUGAAAUGCAGCCAGCAGAAGAAGAUACCACUCAGGUGGAACUACCUCCACCUCCUAAAAGGAAGAAAAGGGUUCUCAAAGGCGAAGCCUUGUAUUUGCGAAACAUCCCUACAGCACAGUACUAUGAAGUGAGCUAUAUGCACCGAAGUAUCAUCACGCAUGUGAUGUACACAAAAACUCAGUAUCUACUAACCUGCAGUAACGAUGGCCAUUUGAAAUUUUGGCGGAAGGCAGAUGGUCUCGGGUUGGAUUUCGUGAAACAUUAUCGCGCACACUUGGGUACGAUUCUCGGCCUAUCCGUCAGCUGCGACGGCGAACUGGCGUGCACGGUCGGUGAUGACAAGACCGCAAAAGUGUUUGAUGUAAUCAAUUUCGAUAUGAUAAGUAUGAUGAAAUUGGACUUCGUUCCUUACGUCUGCUGUUUUAUCCACACUACCCGAGACGAGGUGUCAGCACUGGCUAUCUCCGAUCAAGAUAGCCCGAAGAUUUAUGUUUACGAUGCGCGCAGCAAAAAUGAUCUGUUGCAUACGGUGGAUCGCCUGCAUCUGUCUCCGGUGGUAUGUAUGAUUUACAAUCCCGUGUUCGAUUGUGUAGUCAGCGCCGAUUCCGACGGGAUGCUGGAGUUCUGGGCUGGUCCGAGCCAGAAUUACAGAUUUCCUCGUCUUCUUGACUGGGAGUACAAAUCGGAGACUGAUUUGUUCUGUCUGAUUGGAGCGAAAACCUCCGCCAUCAGUCUAACCGUCUCGUCCAAUGGCCAGACUCUGGCGGUCUUCUCCAUGGAUAGACGAAUUCGGCUUUUUCGAUUCAAUACAGGCAAACUUAUCCGGGUUUACGAUGAAAGUUUAGAACAGUACUCCAAACUGCAGCAGACAAAGCAGCUGCUUCCAAGCAUGGAAUUCGGUCGUCGAUUAGCACAGGAAAAGGAAUUGGAUCGCUCAGAAUUCAGACAAAGUUGCAACUUGGUAUUCGAUGAAUCGGGUAACUUCCUGACCUAUGCCACGCUUCUCGGCAUAAAAGUGGUUAACGUGGUCACUAACCGCGUGGUGCGCAGUCUCGGUGGUCCGGAAAAUCUGCGAUUCCUUCAAAUGACUCUCAUCCCACCCCGUGGUCUUUUGGCCACCUCGACCAGUGUGGGCACAGGCACCGGGGCCUCCUUAUGCACUCCCAGCCUGGAGAUGCUUGCGAUGGCGAGCGAAGACAGUGCGACUGGUGUGGCCAGUGGUGCUGGUGGCACCGCCGCGUCCUCAGUGGCCUCCCGCAACCCGGUGCUCGUGUGCACCGCAUUCAAGAAAAAUCGAAUUUACCUGUUUACCAAUAGAGAACCACACGACGUGAAAUCCGAGGGUGACAUGAUCACUUCAGGAUCCGCUGCGGAGCGAGACAUAUUCAACGAGAAACCCACGAAAGAAGAGGUGUUGGCUGCCACGCGUGAUUCAGCAACAGCUGCAUCACGUUUAGCUGGGAGCGCUAUUUUGCAUACAACGCUGGGCGACAUUCACAUCCGCCUUUGUCCUCGGGAGUGCCCACGCACGGUGGAAAACUUCGUCGGACACUCGAGGGCCGGUUACUACAACGGCCACAUUUUCCACCGUGUCAUCAAAGGCUUCAUGAUUCAGACGGGAUGUCCUCUUGGCACCGGGACUGGUGGCGAAUCUAUUUGGGGUGGCGAGUUCGAGGAUGAAUUCCAUCCAAGCCUUCGCCACGACCGCCCUUACACUGUCAGUAUGGCAAAUGCAGGACCCAACACCAACGGCUCCCAAUUUUUCAUCACUGUGGCUCCCACUCCAUGGUUGGACAACAAACACACAGUGUUUGGCCGAGUGAUCAAAGGCAUGGAGGUGGUCCAGAAGAUAUCCAACAUCAAAACGCAUGGGAAGAGCGACAAACCCAUAGAGGAUGUGAACAUCAUCAGCGUGACCAUCAGGGACUUGGGGGCUGGCAUUUGAUGGACUCCACAUAUUCUGGCCAACCUAUUGUAUUUUUACGCCAUACUCUGAUGUAUUUGUACAGCAAUACCGGAUUAUUUCUACCGUUGCAUC